UCAAGCCUACUCUCAGGGAGGCCCCUUUCGCUUUCGGGAUUGCAUCCCGGACGGCGGUUCCAUAACUGCAUUUAGAGCAGCGAUCAAAGGUGACAGCUAAUCAAAGUUUGCCGCAGGGUAACCACAUUGAGCAUGUACGGCCGAGCUCCACCCCCGCCUCCCAGACACGAUACCGGCUACCUCCAGGAGAUGUUCAAUAACGUCGACAAAAACAGAAGCGGGAAGAUCAACGCGGCUGAGUUGCAGAAAGCCUUGUCCAACGGCACCUGGAAGCCAUUCAACCCUGACACGGUGCAUCUCAUGAUCAACAUCUUCGACCGCAGCCGCACUGGUACGAUUAACUUCCAAGAGUUUACGUCCCUGUGGAACUACAUCAACGACUGGCUCAAGUGCUUUCAGAGCUUCGACAAAGACCGGUCUGGUAGCAUUGACAAGCGGGAACUUGGUGACGCUUUGACUAGUUUCGGCUACCGCUUGAGCGAGCAAACACUGGACACCAUGCUGAUGAAGUACGACAAGGAUCGAAAAGGUUCCAUCAACUUUGACGACUACAUACUGUGCUGCGUCAAUCUCCAGACUCUGACAACGGCCUUCCGGAAUUCGGACACAGACCAAGAUGGUUUCAUCACGCUUAGCUACGAAGAUUUUCUGAAGCUGGGCCUGAGCCUGAAUUUGUGAUGACGGUUUCGUCCUGGUGUUGAGAAGAGACCGCCUACUCCGCUGAAGGUUCCUGCGUUAGCGCAAGAAGUUUUUUUCUGACUUUUUUUUCCAAAUUCCAAAUU